ACUAAACAAAGCUAAUGCGGCUCUCCCACCUCGCCCAUAAUAUAAAGAGUACCCCAUAGUUCAUUCAGUCCUGAAUUGCAUCGCUUUGGAGUCGGCGUCUCCCUUGAUUCUCAAGAGAAAAAUGUGGUCUUCGGCAAUCGGAUUGGACAUUUUCACAGCAAGUUUCAAAAAGUUGCCAAUUGAAGAUCGAAUGCGAGCACGGAUAGUUUGUAGAGACUGGCAGAGGAUACUAGACGGGGAUAUGGAGCUUAUUAACUUUCAAAAUGAUAUGCUAUCGCGUGUAGCACUAAGGGAUCAGAUGCAUAAGAUAUAACAGGUGUGGGAAAUCUCCAGUCAGUUUCUCAAACUGGGAUUGGAUGACAUGGGCCACAUGGCCACCCUCCAAGAUCUUGAAGCCAAGUUGAUCUCGGACGGGGAAAUGAAUCUAUUCGUGCUUUUCCGUGAGCUGGUUGAAGAGAUUGCUGAGCACAGGAACGUUGGUGUGGGUGAGGUUUACAGAUGGGACAAGGAUUACCUAGUUAACCACUCAGCUUAUGCUGAGCGUAUAGUGUUGUUUUGCUAUACGCAGAUGGUGACUACAAAAUAUUACGGGAAUAGCGGCAUUCGUGAGCACAUCAUGAUGAUGAACGACAUGGCCCGCAAGCUCAAGGGAUUAGACAUGGAGAUCAGUGAAGGUUUUCUGGUGCACUUCAUAAUGACUCCUCUUCCUGCAUCUUUUGAAGCUUUCAAGGUCAACUACAACACCCAGAAGGUCAAGUGGUCGAUGAAUGAGUUGAUUGCUAUGUGUGUACAAGAAGAAGAGCGUCUGAAGCUGGACAAACCUGACGUGGCUUACCUCAUGACCGCUAAUCCAAAGAAGAGGAAGGGCAAUGUCAAUAAGAAGGAUGUUUCUAAAGUCCAGAAACUUGAUGCAAGUGCUUCUUCCAGCUCUAAGAACUCCAAAGGGAAGUCUUACUGCAAGUUCUGCCGCAAGGAAGGACAUAGACAGAAAGACUGCCAAGAUUUUAAGGAGUGGCUGACGAAGAAAGAGGACACUGCACCACCUCAUAUUCCUAAUGUAGCUGGAAAUGAAGACACCUCAAAUGAUCACCAUCAAGACAAUUCCGCCAAUGCUCAACCCGAUAAUUUGCUCAGGAGCAAUCCAAGGUUCAUGGCUACAGCGGUUGAUCUAGGAUGGGAAUUGGUAAGGCGAAAAAUUAGGCUUACCUAUGGAGGAGGCAACGUUGGUCUUCAAGGAGCUGUAGCUUCAACAGUCUAUAAUAAUGGUGGUAGAGUCAGAGGUUUCAUACCAGGGUAUAUAGCAACACGACAGGUUUACGGACCUACGUACGGUGUAGAGUACACCGUUUCCAGCAAUUACUAUAAGUAUUUCGAGAUGAAUCAUAUUGUGGAAGCCUUCAUCGUACUUCCAGGAGGGAUUGACACUAUGGAAGGUUUAUUCACUUUGAUCUCAUGGGCAUCCGAAGGGUUACACAGUAAACCCAUUGGUCUUUUGAACAUUGACGGUUAUUUCAAUAACCUAAUCAAGUUUCUAGAUGAUGCGGUGAGGCAGAACUUUAUGACUUUGAAUCAGAGGAAACUUUUCAUUUCUUCUUUCUUUGUUGAUGAGCUUUUAGACAAACUAGAGUUUGCCAAAGCUUUUCCAGGUGCUGGGAAUAAGUAUGACGAGUUCGUAAAUCCUGGGAGAUUAGACUUAGAAUUGCAUCUGUAACUUUCCUCAUGUAAUCCAAGUUGUAUUUUGUGUUGAAAUAAUAUUAUCCAUAAAUAUUAUUUAACGUUGUAUGGCCAGCGCGAACUAAAUUUUCUUCAUUCUU